GGAUUUUGACAAAAAUAACCCGACAAAUAUAUGCAUCAGCAGAUCGAAAGCCUCCUAACUUCUAAUUGCAAUUGAUUUUAAUUAAAGUAAAUUAAGAUGAUCCCGGCCGCUUUGUAAAUAUCAACAACCAAUUGAUGAGGUAAUUACAUUACAGCGCCAAGAAACUAGAAAAUUGGUUCGGUUGCCAUACUUAAUUAAAUAGCCAACCUCCUAACGAGAUCGGUUUGGUUCAGGUUAGCUUAGUUUAAUGGGUAGAAGACCGGCCGGCCUCAUUCUCUUAUGAAACGGAACAAGCCAACUUUAGGUCAAACUCGCGUUUUACAUUUUAAAAGAUUACACUUAAACUUUUUUAAAUCACCAAAACACUUCUAUGUAGAAUCGCGCUUUACACAUACAAUUGCAGUCAAAUUCCACGCUUUAAAGAUUAAUAGCUUUUGUUUUACGUACGCUUCUAGUCACCAAAAUGCUCAUAUAUAAAAUUACGAUUUUGGCUGCAUUGAAUAGGUUAACAUAGCAUAAUGAUCAGUGGUGGAGCUAGUGUGUACACUAGGGUGAGUUAUAUAUAUCCUCCUAAAUGGGUUAAUUGCAUGGUUGGUCACUGAGAUUACCAAAAACGUUCAUGUUUGGUCACUAGAAAUAUUUAAAUCCACUUUUGGUCACUAACUUUACAAAACCCGUUCACUUAUGGUCACUCUCCGUUAGCUGCCGUCCAACGCCGUUAAUUGCGUCCGUUAAGUGAUGACGUGGCUGACGGAUUCGCCUAAUCAGCACCUUUUGACCCUAAAAUUAACUGACCCGACCCGCCACGUCAUUUAAACCCUCCAUGUCAGCUAAACCUAACCAAACCUCUAACCAAACCAGACCCGACCCAACCCACCAACAGAAACGACCCACCCGCCACUAAAAAAACCUAAUUUCUAAAACUCUUCAGGCUGCUUCUCCAUCCCGCGCCGCCUUCAUCUUUCCCAUUUUUCUUCCUUUCCACUCGUUUCAUCGGCGACGAAGGAGGAAUGGAGCCCGCCACACAGUGUGGUUGACUACAAUGACUGAAUGGAACGAGUGGAGAAUCCACGACUGAAUGGAACUGAAUCAUUCGGUGAUGAAUUGGACCAAUGACUUUCUGAUGCUGGAUUCUCUAUCCAAUUUGGCAUGUAAGGGUUUUGCGAACUCAGAAAGCUCCGACUUGUAAAAUGAAACUUUGUCUUUCCAAAAAGCAUAAAAAGGUAGCGCCUUUUGUGUGUUUUGGCCUUUGGGUGAUUGGUUUCGGGAAACUCAAUUGUUCAUUAGCAAAAAAGGAGCUGCUUGCUUCCUUCAAUGGGGUACGGUGAAAAACAGGGGAGAGAAAAAAGUUGGACACUUUUGAACAUUGAUCUUCCAUGGUUCUUAACUAUUAAGUCCCAAGAAAAAUGAAAACCCAGAAGGUGAAAUCCUUCAUACUUUGAUGGGUUGGAAUCGAAAAUGGGAAACUCGAACCAGAGACAAGUGUGGAAGAGGGGAAAUUCAUUCCAAUCUACUUGGGUGUUGGAGCUUUUUUUUUCUUCUUUCACUCUGUUUUGUCCAAGGACAGAACAGGGGGAAGAGAAAACAGAGGCGAUCGAGAGAGAAAUGGAACAGUGAUGGUGUGAAGAGGUUUCAUCGGCGGGCUCCAUUCCUCCUUCGUCGCCGAUGAAACGAGUGGAGAGGAAGAAAAAUGGGAAAGAUGAAGGCGGCGCGGGAUGGAGAAGCGGCCUGAAGAGUUUUAGAAAUUAGGUUUUGUUUAGUGGCGGGUGGGUCAUUUCUGUUGGUGGGUUGGGUCGGGUCUGGUUUGGUUAGGUUUAUCUGACAUGGAGGGUUUAAAUGACGUGACGGGUCAGGUAAGUCAAUUUUAGGGUCAAAAGGUGCUUAUUAGGCGAAUCCGUCAGCCACGUCAUCACUUAACGGACGCCGUUAACGGCGUUGGACGGCAGCUAACGGAGAGUGACCAUAAGUGAACGGGUUUUGUAAAGUUAGUGACCAAAAGUGGAUUUAAAUAUUUCUAGUGACCAAACAUGAACGUUUUUUGUAAUCUUAGUGACCAACCAUGCAAUUAACCCCCUCCUAAAUAUUUGGUUUUAGCUUAUAAAGUGUGGAUCAUAUAUGGUAAUUAGGUAGUGAAUGAUAAGAUGGUAGGCUAUUAAUCCCCUCAUCCAAAAUCCGAGUUCAAUCCCAAUAACAGGGUGCAUUAGCUUGCUAACCUCAUAAGCGUUGGAAAAAAUGAAACCUCUGGUAUUCAAUGCAACCUGUAGAAUUUAACACUCUUAUUAAAUAUAUUGAAGGGUGAAGGCACAGGGGAAAGGCGUGGAGGAAGAUGACCCAAAUCCCUCACCAAAUCCAUCAUACAAACAAGCUAAUGAAAUGUAUGUGGGAAAAUACAUAUGGUUGACAUUUUUUCCUGGGGUUUUGGUUGUAGCACUUAACCCCUUAGCUAAGUUACAUAUAGAAGAAGGUAGUUUUGGUCGAUCCUAUACAAUUGCCCAAUGAGUAUCUGGUUGGAUAUGAAUAUGAACAUUUUUAUUUUCCCAGGCACAUGUUUUGAUAAAUAUCGAUGGUGUAUGAUGAGACAGGACAAAGUUUCCUCGUAAUUUCUUCCAUCCACCCUAGGAAAACCAACCAUGGAAAAUCCCCUUUUUUAUAUAUAUUAUAUAUAUUGAAAGAAGAAAACCCACUAAUGGAUCAUUUACUGUACAUGCAGAGACCUUUCACUGCACAUUGUGACUCAUAGUUUCUGUUACAACUGGGAUGGGGCUUGGGUGUGGACAGGUGCAGGGGAGCACUGAUUGGUUCCUGAUGGGAUUGCGGUAGGUUAGUUACGUUUGGACUGCUGGUUGGAGGCGAUUUUGAUCGCUUGUGGGCCCUCUCUUUACCCUCGCCCGCAUUGAUCGCUCAUCAAACUAUUUUACCCUUCACGCAACUAGGAAGGCCACUACCUUUUGCUGCUUUUAUCGAGAACUGUGUCCAGUUAGGGAGAGGCUGAACCGCUGAGGUAGCUGGGGAGUGGGCUACAGAUAUUUUGUUGGGGUUACUUGGUGAAUCUAUGCGCUACGUUUGUCUUUCCGUUUGAUCCACUCAUUUAACCUACCCGGCACAACCCUCGAUGUUUACCUUUCUCUCUCUCUGUACUGAAAUAAGGUCGGCGAGGCCGAAAACAACUCAGGCAUGCCUUUCUCUCUCUCUCUCUCUCUUUCUCACUCUCCUCUCGCUACUCUAUACUCCACCGCUUUGAGCAGUGAUCUGACUGAUCUCAGAGUCGUCGAUCGCCCGUCGGGAACUAUGAUCGCCUGCGGGGACUAUGAUUGUUCGGGAAUCCGUUUCUGCCUAGAUGAAGCCACAGUAACACAGGUCGCUCGACCGCCUCAUUUGAUCUGCGAGGCCAGCGAUGAGUUAAAAGAGUUUGAAACUGUUCAGCUUUCACUGGUGCUGGUGGUCGUCGAGUCAUGUGUUUGACGGACAACCCAAAUCAGCUCAAUUUCUAUUUAAAUUCAGAUUUAUUUUUGAUGAUUAUGGGUUUGUGGUUGUUGUGUAGAUAAGGACUGUCAAGGUGAAGGAGUAUUCAGAUCUAGCCGUCAAUGCUAGGAGGCUGGGUGAUCAUGGACUUGCUCAUAAAUCAGGGUAAUAUUACAAAUUUACAAUGACUUCUCUUCUUCCUAACAUCAGGCUUCAUAAUCCAACUUCUCUUUUUUAUUUAUUUAUCUCAGAGCCUGGUGGUUGAUUGCAAUGGAUCUUUCGGAAAGAAGAGAACUAAUUAAAAGUAGAAGGGAUCUGGAAAGUGGAUUCGAGAAGAUGCAUGUUCGCUCGAAAGGGGAAUCGUAUCCGCCCUCAUGGUCGCCGGUCUGUAUCCUUUCUCGCUUUUUCCUGUCGGUCAAUUCAAAAUGAAGGUUCACUUAUUUGUCCUAUUUUCUUCCACCUUACACUUGGAGACGAAUGGAACUCAAGGUUGAUCAAUGGAUAUGUGUUUUUAUGAAAGUUCAGACACAUCAAAUCUGCAGGUUUGCGUUUGAAAAUUAUGCAAUUACUUUCUGGGCUUUUAAAGAUUUAGCGCCCUCAGUUUUUUGUUCUCUUAACUAAAGUUCAUCUCAAUGAUUAUAAUUUGUCGUUGACACACCCUGGUUUGUCUUCAAUAUUUUGAUUUGUGCAGCUGGGUUUUGUACUACAAGGAUAUAAAUCUGCAAAAGGAAAGCCUAUGCGUGAUUCUUAGAGCAUCCAUGAUAUAAUGCUGUGGGUCUUUGUCAUCAUCUCUCUCUCACCAGCCCCCUAUCCUUCUCUUCUUAUGGUCCUAAACCUCUGCAAUGUGGUAGAUUUGCUUUUGAAUCUGCUAACUGUGAUGUUUCAUUGAGAUUGUAACCUCUUUCAGUUUAGCACAACGUUUGUAUAUGAGACCACGGAUUUGGUAGGGGUUGUAACUCUAAAUUGAAAGUGAGACCAUCAGGAUGCAAGUAUUCAAUCGAGUGCCUAUAAUUUUCUGCCAUGGAUGACACCUACUGCCACGGGGUGAGAGAGACUAUGAACUAGAAAUCUGUUUGCAGUUGGAGUUAACAACAUCACUAGAAGAUCCGUUCAGAAGGUUUAAGAUGCCAACAAAGGAUGAACUGCGGAUUCUAGGUAAACAAAUUGUCUGAAUGCAU